CAAAAAAUUGAACCAAGCAGAGAAUUCACCUUCUAAAACUUCUUUGGAAUAAACCCAAACCUAACUCUGCUACGAGUACCGUGCAGCCACAGCUAGCUAGCUAGCUAGUUGUAUGGACUUCAAUGAAGCAAAAUAAAAAAGCUUCAUAAAUAAAUACAGCCACAACCAACUCCUUUUCACUUACACAAUUCAACUUAUACGUACAGCCAAUUAAAACGCAAUCCACCAGACAAUUGCCUUAUAAAUAGGCUGCUUGGCGAAAAACAGCAAAUUUGUAGUGUUCAGUCUGAAAAGCAAAUUCAUACUACCCAAAGUACAAAUAGCUAUAAAUCAAAUCAAACAUAAACUCUUUUCUUUUCUUUCUUCCUCAUUUACCGAUAGUACAUAUCAUCACAGCGAAAUUUGCUUCUGGAAUCAUCAAAAAGUCUAUACCCAAAUUCCCAAAUUUGAAUUUUCAGAACACGACUCUGUUUUUCCUUUCCUUUCUCUUCUCUUUCCUUCCAAUGCAUUUCUAUAUAUCUUGUAGAAUCUAACUUUCUUUCCUCUGUUAUACCAAAAUCCCUUGAAAUUUUUUCCAGCUUCUUAAAUUCCAUCCGUGUUUUUUCCUUUCUUUUUCAUAAUGGGAAGUGACAAAAUGAAGACAACUGUGAAGGAAACGACAAUGGUUCGUCCUGCAGAACCAACUCCAUUAAAGAGGCUGUGGAACUCGAAUCUGGAUCUGUUGGUGGCCAGGAUUCAUAUCCUGACUGUCUACUUCUACAAGCCAAAUGGGUCAUCGAAUUUCUUUGAUGGGCCAGUUUUGAAACAGGCGUUGAGCAAUGUUCUUGUUUCGUUUUAUCCCAUGGCUGGCAGAUUGGGGAGGGAUGAAGAAGGGAGGAUUGAGAUUGAUUGUAAUGGUGAAGGCGUGCUUUACGUCGACGCCGAAACCGAUUCGAGUCUCGAUGAUUUCGGUGAUUUUACUCCCAGUCCGGAGCUCAGGAAGCUGUUUGUUCCGGCGAUUGAUUACUCUGGAGACAUUUCUUCGUAUCCCCUUGCCAUGUUCCAGGUAACCCGAUUCAAAUGUGGUGGAGUAGCACUUGGAACCGGUGUGCAUCACAAUUUAUCGGAUGGCCUUUCAUCUCUUCACUUCAUCAACACAUGGUCGGACAUAGCUCGCGGACUCUCCAUCGCCGUCCCUCCUUUCAUCGACCGGACUCUCCUCCGUGCUCGGGAUCCCCCGAAACCCGUAUUCGAGCACGUCGAAUACCAUCUCCCUCCAACACUAAAACCCGAAUCCGGUGGAACCAAAGUACCAAAGUCGGGCCUGAAAACCAGUACCACUUCAAUACUAAGAAUCAACCCUGAACAACUCACCCGACUAAAAGCCAAAUCCAACAACGAGGGCAGCACGUACGAGAUUUUAGCGGCACAUCUAUGGCGUACCACGUGCCGGGCACGUGGACUCGACGACGAUCAAUCCACAAAGUUGUACGUUGCGACAGAUGGAAGGUCCAGGUUAAGCCCUCCCCUGCCUCCGGGCUACUUAGGCAAUGUGGUAUUCACAUCCACCCCGAUAGCCGAAUCGAGCGAGCUUCAAUCCGAGCCGUUGGCGAAUUCCGCGAAAAGGAUACACAAUGCAUUGGCAAGAAUGGAUGACGAGUAUUUGAGAUCAGCUCUGGAUUACCUUGAAAUCCAGCCUGAUUUGUCAGCAUUGGUCAGGGGACCUCAAUAUUUUGCAAGUCCUAAUCUCAACAUUAAUAGUUGGACCCGGUUGCCCGUUUACGAUGCGGAUUUCGGGUGGGGAAGACCCAUCCAUAUGGGUCCUGCGAGCAUUCUGUAUGAGGGUACCAUUUACAUUCUCCCAAGUCCAAACAAUAAAGAUAGGAGCUUGUCAUUAGCUGUGUGCUUAGAUGCGGAUCACAUGCCACUCUUCCAGAAAUACUUGUACGAUUUCUGAAUAAGAUUGGUCUGGAGUCACAUUGUGAUAUGAUUCAGACUUGUAAUUCUUUCUUCUUUUUUCGAUGGUUGAUUUCUUACAUUUUGCUUGGAUGAUGUUCUUUCUAUUCAUGAUGAUGUGAUGACUAGAUAGUUGUCAUUUGUCCACCCAAGUAGUGUUCAAAUAGAUUGUUGGUUUGCAAUAAUGCCAAAUGGAAUGUCGUUAUAAGAUAAAGUUUCUUCCUCAAUAUUAUUACUCUGAUAACUUAUGUGUAGCAAUCAUAUAUUAAUCGU